AUGGCGGAUACGCAGAACAGCAUAACAAUCGACAGAAAUAUUAACCAGUCUGACCCAGGACGUGGCCAAAGUGUUACUACAACAGUUACAGGUCUGGCAGCUGACACAAAGCAUUUCUUCACUGUAUAUGCUGUUAAUGAAUUUGGGAACUCAUCUUUGAUCCAGGAAGUUAACUGUACAACAAAAGCACGUCCAUCUCUAGCCGAAAGUACAAAUGUAGCAGCAGUUGUGUUGCCAGUCACUGGUGUUCUAAUACUGCUGUUGACAGCUGGUGUCGUGAUUUUUGUCAGACGAAACCGACAACUGUGCUGUAGAAAUUGUCAACUUCCAAAGCAGACGGAAUUGCAGAAUGUUCAACUUUCAGAAAGAGAUCUCCAUAUCAACAACUUGAUCCAAAUGACAUUGCUAAGCCGUCCGUAUAUUCUGAACUUGGAGGGAUUCAGCACAUUUACCAAAACGAUACAGUCGGUGAUGGAGAGGGCGGACAGUACCAGUCUUUGGAGGGACGCUCCGAUCCGAACGUCUAUGAUGAACUUCACAGUUCAGCAUCCGGAGAUAAAGGAACAUAUGUCAAUACCGUCAUCGGCAGAAACAGGAAAUACUGAUACGGACGAGAAAACGUUUACAGAAGAUAUACAACAUGUCGUAUGGCAUACUGAAUUGUAUGUAAAUUAAACAGAAAUAGUUGUAAUCUGCUGAGAACCGCGUCUGAAAUGUUCUGGAUUUGAAUAGAAUAAAUAUUGCCAGCUUCUAAUCAGGCAAAACAAGUACGUCCACAGAAGAAGAUCAUAACCAUUAUAAAAGAACAGGAUACGAAUGUUGUUUUGUUACAAAACGUUAUACCUUUGUAGCCGCUGACUUGUCAACUGUAUAUCAUUGAACAAAACAGCGCUGUGGGAAGGUGGUACUUACCCAGUCAUCCCGUCAAUGUAUCCAGUGUCUUUCCAUUAACAGGAAACUAUAUCGGGAAUACCUCGAUAACUAUUUGAUGUUUUACAUUCGACAAGUUGUUACAUUUUGCAGCCAGUUAAAGAUUCACUACUGUUAAAUAACAAUUCAACUUGGUUUUACUGAUUUUUCGUAUCAUGCCAAAGUUCCCUUCUUUUCUGAACUUGUGCCUUUUCCAAGACUGUAUAACUAAAGUAUGAAAUGCUGCCAUUCUUAAAGAAACGGAUUGAUCAAGUCCAAUAGUGACAUUGUAAACAUUUUAAGAAUGUUGACCGGCAUUCAAAAACAACGGUAGAGAAUUCGUAGUAGAAAAGCCAUCACAUUGAGAAACACAUUUCAAGACAUACAUACAGCUUUUAAGCACCGAUAUGACAUAGAGAAAUGGGAGAAGUGAUUUCCUUAUGCAUUUCAUUGUUUGCUUAUCAAAAAUAAAAUAUAGUUAUUAUUGUAGUACUUUUUCAUUUAAGUCACCAUCGGAGAUUUUUACAUUCGUAUUUGUUAUGCUUCAUUUUAAGUUUUAUUACUGCUUUGUUUAAUUGACGUUGAAUAC